AUGGAAGUUCGAGGACCAUGGCCUGUUCUUCUCUUCUCUGUGACAUUUACUCUCCUGUCCCACAAACUCUCCUCUUUCUCCACAAACCCUAACUUCUCAGAAAAAUCAAUUCUCGCCGACAAACAGUCCUUCUCCCCUCCCUCUCUCGCGCUGCAAAUCUCAACCGUUCUCUAUGCCCUGAAUUUCCCAUUUGUUUCACUUCCGCUGGAAUCUCUUUUUCCAGGAAGAUUCGGGUUGCCGCGGCGGCUGCGACGAGAUAAAAAAGCGUAUGGUAAGGCUCCGGCCUGGAAGAGUAACUACUCCAUCGGGUUUUUCGCUGCCGCGAUGGACCCUGCUCCGGUGAUAUUCGACAUCAGCUCCGAUGACGAGCCUGAGCCUGGACCCUUCAGCGAACCGGGCGUCGGCGGGGAAGACGAUCACAAUUGGCUGGAGGAGCUUCUCCAGGCGGUUGACAAAGACACGGAUGGUUCCGAUGAUGUGGUGGUAGUUGGAGAGUAUACACCUCCGAAGCUGAAGCUAAAGUCCUGCAGAUCGUCUAAACCCGUCAGGGAUUUUGAGGAUGAUGAUGAUUGCGUGAUUUUGGAUGGUGAUCCGGAUAAGCCCGAUCAGCCGGCGGCGGGGAAGGUGAAGGAUACAGCAGACAGUGAUGAGGAUGAGCUGCUUGUUGUGGGCGAGACGGGACAGGUUGCUUGCAGAGACUACCCACAUUCACGACAUCUCUGUCUCAAAUUCAGUUUUAGUUCUACCCUGCAUUCGGAGCAUUGUGAGCUGUGUCACUGCUAUGUCUGUGAUUCUGUAGCUCCAUGUGCAUAUUGGGGUAACGGUCUCUCCAGUAGUGACCAUUGUCACGCUACCGAUAAUCAGCAGAUGUGGAAAACUAUGAGGGAAAAUUUCAGGCGGGCCAAAGAUGGUUCAUUGUCUGUUUCAAAAGUCCCGACUCUUACGGAAGCUUUCAACCAGGUCAACCAACUUUCACAUAUUCAAAAUACGGUGGGAUUGUCAUCCAAUUCAGUGACUUAUAGCCAACUCAGAAAGCCAACCACUGUUCGAGCUUGCACAUCUGUUGUACCGAAUAUCAUAAGUCGGAGUAGAGCCCCACGACCAGGUUAUGAUUAUGGGAGAAAUGGACUCUUCCCUCGCAGAUCUUCUCAGUCAGCACUUGGUAUACGUGACAGUAUGAUACGGCGAGAUAGAGGCUCACAAAUUGGCAAUUUAGGCCAGCAAUUUGUCUCCUCUGGUGCAAUUAUGAAGAAUCAGAUGUUUGGUGUUGGUCCUCCUUUUCGAACCGAUCAAUCUAUGUAUGGUACUUCAGAUAUAAAUUAUAUUCCCAGUUCAACAUAUACGAGGAAUGCUGCUGGUCCAUUUACUGUGCCAAACAACUUUGGGUCUGGUGAGCAGCCGACUGCCCUACCUAACGUGUUCAGUCCGGGCUCCUCACAACCAGACGUCAACCUUGUUGCAGAUGCUCUGGCCUCCGUACCUGAGGUUUUCCGGCAGCCUGUUUAUCAACCAAGUAAUUGCCAGAAUGUAAGCCAGCUUCAUCAAACUACCAGUUCAGUUGAUUCCGGAAUUUUAGAUUUCAACUUCAAUUGGGGUGGUGAAAUGGGCAUUCGGCAAGGUUCGGUUGAGGAUAUUCAGUAUAACGGCGUGGCCUACAACGAAGAUCGAUCCAAGGUCGACCAGUGUAGUCCUCAGUUCCCUGUCAGUUCAGGACUUCAUUACCCGGAUGACAACUACCGGAGCUGGAAUUUGGGCCAGUCUGUUCCAGUGACCUCGGCAGGAGGUGUACCCUCGGAUCUGAAUUUAUUUUCUCCUGAACCUGCUGCAAUUGAUGCAGGUGUGUUGUGUACAGACUUCGACACUUCCUGGAAUGGCUUGACACACAAUUAGGAAUAGCAAUUAGCAUUAGCUUCUCUUGGCUGAGGUUUGACGCAGUACAACAACUACGUUGUUUUUGUUGAAAAGAAAAUCACCAAUUGGGUUUGAGCUUUAAAUCGCACACUGUAGUUUGGUAUUCUAAGAUGAGUGCUAAUGUACAUAUACUGCAAGUGCUGAAAGGGCAGAUGUGUACCCUAUUUAUCAGUCAUUAUUAAAUGGAAAGCUCCCUUUGGAUGUAGUUUGGAGAUUGUUGUGGUUGUCGACUUGUCGUUUCGAUAUCCUUCUCAGUAGCGAAACUAGGGUUUUAUAUAAGUGGAA